AAAAACAGUUGUGAUAUCCAUUCCAUUUGUGGUGGUUUGUUGUACAACAUUCAACACUUUCCAACAGCUUAUUCACUGGGCAAGAUGAGGCUCAAACACAACAUUGGGACAGGUUGUCGAUCACAAUGAACAGCGCUUACGAGUCAUGGUUUAAACUGGGACUUUUUGUAGAGCUGGUAACAUACGUCUUCGUGACAGUCUGUAAUCCCAAAGGGAGCGAAACAAAGAUGUUAAAAAAAUUCAUCUAGAGAAUAACUAAAUUUAAAUAACGAUUAGUAUGACUCGUCGUCGGCGUCGUACUGUUCAUCUGUGCAGUGCCGUUUCGCGACUCGCACCCACUGGUCGUCGGUGUCAUCAUCGUCACUCUCUUCACAACAGCUGACUUCUACAUUCGUGGAACUGUCCGUGCGGGGAAACGCUUUCGCUGCCAACCUUUUCAAAGCCGACCUUCCAUCUCCGUCGUUAGGUGUAUCCCUGGUUAUCAAAAGACCAUCACUGAUGACCAAAGUAGAUGUUAGGGGUCUGCUGUUAGAUGAUGUUAAUCUCCUGAUGUCCGGGGGAGGUGGCACCGAUUCCGGCUUCCUCUUGGCACCUGGCGCGUUUCUGGUAAGUGGGCUCUCCACACACAGGGACAGGGAGUCCGGGACUCGGUAGUUUGCGGCAGAGGGACCUAGCCGUCGUUUGCUGCAGGCGUCCGUCAAGGUCAGUGCCUUAGUCAUCCAUUUACAUAUUUCAGACACUUGUUCUCGGUAUAAUUCCAUUAUAAAUGAUUUCAGUGAUCAGUUGACCAACUAGGGCGAAAGAGUCUGGUUCAGACAAAGUCUGUGAACUGCUAAAAAGCCACUGACAGGAGUGCUGGUCUCCAAAUGGACGUCAGAUCACAGCGCAAACAAAACUUUAUGUAUAACAACAGACCAUCACCGUAGCAACGUUUGGAGGACGUUCUAGAACGGAGUCGUUUGAUGACUCGAACGUCCGUUUGCGUGAGUAUUCGAAUAACAAAAGUGUUCGAAAGUGAUCUUGUUGCCAUAGCACUUCUCUUCAAACCUUACCAACCUUCGUGGUUCCGGAGACAUGGCGAUGUCGAGGGAAAUAGGCCAGGGCGAUGAUCAAAGGAACACGUUACGGGCGCUUAACGACCGGCCUGGCAUCUUCGAGCUUUUUCCGAUACCAGAAGAGGUGGAGGAGGACCAGGCGACUCAGGCGACCACAACACCGACACGCCCUCGGCUCAAGCUGACAGAGGAGCAGCGUGUGGUCAUAGCCAGGAAACUGAACGCCAAACUGCGGUUAGCUACUGAAGCGAUCGUUGCUAAGAGGAAAAACGGAAAAGCAUCAAAGAGGGAUGUCGAUGAAGUUGCAGACAGUUCCUCGCCACAGGCUAAGAGAAGAAAGCCACCGGAGUCAGCGAAGUGCCCCAAACGUGCCACAUACUGUGACCCCCGCCUGUCUAAAACAGCCCCCAUCUAUCAUAAUGUGGUCGCAGGAGAAAGGGUCCUGGUUAACGCCAUAGCCAGGGACCCCUGCAUGCCGAAGGUCGAUCUGUGCGGCUGCCGGAACAGCGCAAGCCCAACAUACUUCACCGAUGGCAGCGGUCGCAUCCGGACCUCUUACCAGCAGCAUUUGGACAGACACACCAGAAAGAUGCUGAAGCUAGUAGCCCGUCGGCUGAAGAAGUUUAAACGUGGUUUGCCAGACUAGCACGGCUUACCAACAGUAAUAAAGAAUUCGUUAUCACACAAA